CUACGAACCACUCAUGAUACACCUUGAAGGGUUCAUACCAGCCUUUGAACGAGCCCAUCUACUACGUUUAGGAGAAGGCACUUACAAUAGAUCGCAAGUUCGCAACGGUACUCUAUCGGAUUCUAUCUCAGAUUAUCGCACUAGUGAUACAGCAGUGCUCUCGAACGACGAUCCUAUCGUACAACGUAUUUUAUCUCGAGCUUCAAGCCUCCAAGGCUUCACUCCUCUAGAAAACCACGAGAGACUACAACUUACUCGGUAUAAGUUGGGGCAACAGUACAAAGACCAUUGGGAUCACUUUCAAGAUGAAGACAUACCAGAGAAUGAGACGCAGAGAAUAACUACAAUCUUUGCUGUGCUCGAGGCAACUUGCGAUGAGUGUGGAACUAGGUUCUCUCAGAUUUCAGUCGAUUGGUCAAGAGAGGACCAGAGGUGGUGCCGAGUUAUUGAUUGCAACGAUAAGACCGGGAUUACAGUUAGACCUAUUCCUGGCAACGCCCUAUUCUGGAAGAAUCUUAAUGCUACUGGAGGCGGAGACUAUAGGACUUUACAUGCUGGGCUUCCCCCUCUCCACGGCACAAAGACUGGAUUGAACAUCUGGACCCAUUAACACUAUGUUAUGGUUUGAUUGGGGCACAGAUGUGAUGUAUGGAAGGCCUAGUUAGUCAAUUCUUCAAUAAUAUCUCGGUCACAAUAUGUGGCGGUUAUGUGGAGAAGCGGAUCACGUGUGUCACGUGAUGGUGAUACGUCAUGUAAAAUAGACUCUGCUGCUGCCUUCUAAAAAGGUCAGCACAACAACAACACAGAACAGAAUACACUAAUUACUGCCUCGCGCAGUUACACUUUAA